GAUCUAGCGCGUCCACGUAGUCCACGGCGCCUCGGCGAUAUCGGAAAGUGGGUGUUGCUUCCGUCAGCCGUCCCGUCAACUUGGAACCGAGCGUGGAGGGUAUCGCGCCACGUUUAACGGCAGAGCGGAAUCGCAGGCAGGAAAUCCUGACUGGCCCAUCCUCCGGGGGGAGUCAUGCAUUGAUUUUGACUUGAAAGGCUAACUUUGCCCCCUCUGUCAAGAUGAUAGGGGGUCUAUUUGUUUACAAUCACAAGGGAGAGGUGCUCAUCUCCCGGGUGUAUCGGGAUGAUAUUGGCCGUAACGCAGUGGAUGCGUUUCGCGUCAAUGUCAUCCACGCGCGACAGCAAGUACGCUCGCCUGUAACCAACAUUGCCAGAACAUCGUUUUUCCAUAUAAAGCGCGCUAACAUUUGGUUAGCCGCUGUCACGAAACAAAAUGUCAACGCGGCUAUGGUAUUCGAGCUGCUGCUAAAGAUCAUAGAUGUUAUGCAAUCAUAUUUCGGCAAGAUUUCAGAGGAGAACAUCAAGAAUAAUUUCGUGCUUAUUUACGAGCUGCUCGAUGAGAUACUUGACUUUGGAUAUCCACAGAACUGUGAUACAGGGGUGUUGAAGACAUUUAUCACUCAACAAGGCGUGAAAUCAGCCACCAAGGAAGAGCAAGCUCAAAUAACAUCGCAAGUCACUGGCCAGAUCGGAUGGAGGCGAGAGGGCAUCAAGUACAGGCGUAAUGAGCUCUUCUUGGAUGUACUUGAAUACGUGAAUCUAUUGAUGAGCCCUCAGGGUCAGGUUCUCAGCGCGCAUGUUGCCGGAAAGGUGGUAAUGAAAUCCUACUUGUCCGGUAUGCCGGAGUGCAAGUUUGGGAUCAACGACAAGAUCGUUAUGGAGGCUAAGGGUAUGAAAGGAGGCGGCGGAUUGGGAGGCGGCGGCGACGAUCCCACGGGCGCUAGAUCUGGCAAACCGGUUGUCGUUAUUGAUGACUGCCAAUUCCAUCAGUGCGUUAAGCUUAGCAAAUUCGAGACCGAACAUUCCAUUAGUUUUAUACCGCCGGAUGGUGAAUUCGAGCUGAUGAGAUAUCGUACCACAAAGGAUAUAUCAUUGCCCUUCCGCGUGAUACCGUUGGUGCGCGAGGUGGGCCGAACGAAAAUGGAAGUCAAAGCGGUUCUGAAAUCAAACUUCAAGCCCUCGUUGCUGGGGCAGAAGAUAGAAGUGCGCGUGCCGACGCCGUUGAAUACUGCCGGCGUACAGCUGAUAUGUUUGAAGGGUAAGGCGAAAUACAAAGCGUCGGAGAACGCGAUUGUCUGGAAGAUCAAGCGCAUGGCCGGCAUGAAGGAGACGCAGUUGUCCGCCGAGAUUGAUCUGCUAGAGACGGACACGAAGAAGAAAUGGACGAGGCCGCCGAUAUCGAUGAAUUUCGAGGUGCCGUUUGCGCCGUCCGGCUUCAAAGUGCGCUACUUGAAAGUGUUCGAGUCCAAAUUGAAUUACUCCGAUCACGACGUGAUAAAGUGGGUCCGUUACAUUGGCCGCAGCGGCUUGUACGAGACGCGGUGUUAAUGAUUCCGAGUCUACUCGCUGCUCGGGGCGUAAAAUAAUUGUAAAGAAGUAAUCUCAAUACAGAAGUCACGACUACGAGUAUCGAUAUUGGCUAUUUCUCGUUAUUAUUUCAUUGUAGCGCAUAUUCGAGGCAACGAUCUGAAAUUAUUCGGAUGGCUAAUUCCGAAAUCUUGCACGAUACGUAGCGACAAUGUAUCGAAAGAAGAAUUCCAUUGUCAGCACAAAAUUUCUGUAUAGCAGGACAUUUUUUUUUAUGUUGUAUAGUGUACUAGCAAGAGUGACGUUCGUUUUUAUUUGUUAGAAGAAAAAAUUUCAAAACGUAAAAAUAAAAAUAGGAUCCAACUUGUGUGAAAAAGUAUAUCAAAUGAAUAUCAUGAUAAUCGGAUUAUUUCCUUUGUGCCAAUUUUUCAUGUCAUCCACUUUUUUUCAAGUUGAUUCUUAGUUGCGAUAUUGCACCCUACUGUGGUGAAUGGUAUGAGGUAUAAUCAGAUUUUGUUAAUUUUUUAAAUGGAACAUAUGUUAUUGAUUAUUACGAUAAUUAGAUUUGAUCAUGGAUUGUUUAUAUGUAUCUACAUAAAUCACUCAAUGAGAUUUUUAUUACUUUUUCUUCAUUUUUGCGUCGAAACGAUAUCAUUACAGAUUUUUAGUAUUAUAUUAUUUCAAGCUAAGUAAUUAAAGAACUCCUAUUCUUGGAAUUAAUAUAGUCAGGAAUAUAGUGAGGAUGAUCUAUAUUUCUGUAAUCAAGAAAUAUAAUAUAUUUGUAGGAUUGCUAUACAUAACGAAUGUUUUUUUUUUUUUUUUUUUCGAAGCAUAUCACGAAUUUCUGUAUUGUUUAUGUAUUAACUUAUAUAUACGCGAAUUGUAAUUACUCAUUUCUUGUGUAAGGAUAUAUGAAGUUUCUGGUACCGGAGUUUGAACGGAACUGACCAAAUCUAUGCGCUACGGAUCAUUCGAUGCGCUCAAUGAAAUGUAGAAUGCUUAUAACCUGUUAUUCGUGCAUGAGAAUAAGAAGUAGAAAGAAGCAUUGAUCGAUUGUACGAGCGUGAUUGAUUUUGUCUCUCUAAAAGAACGCUCGAAUGCGUAAUGAAAUAUAUGUGUAAAAUAAAUUAUCGUGCGUUAAAUUUAA